AUGAAACUCAUAACUGUAGAACCUGCAAUGUUUCUCUACAUGUUGGCAUUUAUGCUAACUUCGGUGGUGGAACAAGCUUUUUUUAUACAUAAAGCUUGUAAAGUUCAUUUAAAUUUCACAGAAGAAAUUUGUCAAAAUCUAACAGAAUACAAGGAUAAAAACAAAGAAGUUCAAGUAGUCGUAUCGACUUUUCAUCAGUACAAUGAUAUUGCAUCUCAUGUUUUACCAAUAUUUUUGGCACUUUUUGUCGGAGCUUGGAGCGAUCGAAGAGGAAGAAAACUUUUAUUUUUAUUGGGUUUAGUCGGAAAGGUGUGGUAUUCAAUUUGGAUUGUGAUCAACAGUUUGCAAGAUACCUGGACUCUUAAUGAAGUUAUUUGGACUGCAUCUUUUCCAUCCGGACUGACAGGAGCUGAUUUAUCAAUUUUUGCUGCUGCUUUUGCCUACAUAUCGGAUAUAACAACUGUGGAAAAUCGAACAAAAAGAAUAACUGUUUUAGAUGUAACGUACUUGGCCUCCAUGCCUAUCGGAGUUGCUCUCGGAAAAUAUUUAUUUUCAUAUUUUGAUCAUUCAUAUACGAUUAUGUUUUCUCUUAACUCAUCACUUUUACUCAUUGCCAUAACCUACAGCUUUUUUAGAUUGGAAUGGUCGACCAAUCCCAACCAAGUUCCAUAUAAGCUGUGGUUUUUAAAUAAGAAAAGAGAUGAUGAUGAUGAUGAUGUAAAUGGGGAGAAUAAAAGAUCCACAAACUGCCUUUUAGAUUUUUUCAAUAAAGAUCAUUUGAUUGAUAGUGUGAAAGCGAUAAUUAAACCGAGAGCAAAUCAUGGAAGAAUAUAUUUAAUCGCUUUGAUUUUCUCAAUGGGAUUAUAUACUUUUCAAAGAGACGAGCGGCAAAUGACGUACCUAUACACAAAUCUCAAAUUUAAUUGGAAAGUAAACGCUUUUAGCGAUUUUAGAAUUUUUCAAUCGAGCAUUUACGUAUUAGGUACGCUCAUGUGCAUACCACUGAUGGGAAAAUAUUUUAAAUUUACGGAUACGACGAUGGUGGUGAUUGGUACCACUGGUCAUUCUCUUGCCAGAAUAGUUUUCGCAUUGGCUGAAAAACCUUGGCUAUUUUAUUUUGGCGCCACAUUUGCUUCGUUGGGCCCCGUCGUCGCGCCAGUUUUAAGAUCCAUGGCGUCGAAAAUCGUCGGCACCGAAGAUAGAGGUAAAGUUUUUGCCGUUCUCUCGGUUGCUGAUACCACCGUACCUUUAUUUAGCGGAGUCAUUUAUUCUCAGGUAUACAAUGCAACAAUACACACAUACCCAAGUGCCAUAUUCUGGGUCACAGUUGCAACUCAAAUGACUGUUUUUUCAAUUGCUUUGAUUAUUCGAUUUUCUAGCAGAAAAGAAUCGUUGGACAACAAUUAG